AUGAGUAAACGUUUGCUACUGCCGGAUAUUCGCCUUCUUUUUUUCCUUUUUCUUUCUUUCCCUUUUCUUUCUUUCUUUUCUUCUUUUUUCUUUCAUUUUUCUUUCUUUCUUUUUAUCUUUCUUUCCUUUUAUCUUUUUCUUCCUUCUUUCUUUUUCUUUCUUUCCUUUUUCUUUCUUACUUUUCUUUUUCUUUCUUUCCUUCUUUUGUUUUUUACUUUUUGUUUCUUUUUUCUUUUUUUGCUUUAUCUUUUUUCUUUUUUUCUUUUAUUUUUAUUUUUUUCUUUUCUUUUUUCUUUUCUAUCCUUUUCAUUCCAUUUUUUCAUUUUUUUAUUUUCCCUUCUUUCUUUUUAUCUUUCAUUUUUUUUUUCUUUUUUCUUUCUUUCUUUCUUUCUAUCCUUUUUCUUUCAUUUUUCUCUCAUUUUUCUUUCUUUUUUCCUUUCUUUUUCUUUCUAUCUUUCAUUCCUUUUACUUUCUUUCUCUUUUUCUUUCUUUUCCUUUUCUUUCCUUUUUCUUUCAUUUUUCUCUCAUUUUUCUUUCUUUCUUUUUCCUUUCUUUCUUUCCUUUCCUUCUUUUUUCAUUUUCUUUCUUUCUUUUCCUUCUCUUUCCUUUUUAUUUCCUUUUUCUUUCAUUUUUCUCUCAUUUUUCUUUCUUUCUUUCUUUUCCCCUUUAUCUUUCUUUCCUUUUACUUUCCUUCUUUCUUUCUUUUUCUUUCUUUCUUUCAUUUUUCUUACUUUUUUUUCUAAAACUCCUCACUCAAUAUAG